UCUUGUUCUUAAUCCAGCAUUUAACCUAGUAUAUCGUCUAGUUUCCACUUCAGUAAUUAAUCUUAAAAAUUUCCACCAACAGGACUGGAACAUCUACAUAUCGAACGAACAAUUUUUCGAAAAACUUACCUGUAUUGAGAAAACUUUGGCACGAAGACAGGGUCUACGUCGUGGAUGGUUAACUUACAGUGAACUCAUACAAAUGUUGCCCUCAUUCACAUUGGCAAAGUUUUUACUCAAUAACAUAACCGUGAUAGCAGUCAGUUAUGCUGCCAGUGUUAUAACCAUAGCAGGUGCAUUAUUUUUGGCAGCACAAAUUCCUGGCACAUCGUUGCAUCGUCAACGUUCCUCGCAAAUAACAACGAAUAACACGGAUAUACUUAGUGAAACCGAUGUAAUCGAUGCUGGUGUUAAGCUAAAUGCUUCUACUCCCCUGGAAACUACAUCACACGUGGAUAUAAUGCAACAGCACAAUCAUACACAAAAUAUGGCAUUAAAUGUCGAAGAUGAAUUGCUCAAAUUGGAAAGACAAUAUCGUGAAGAAGCUUUACGUGAUAGCGUUCAACAAAAGAAUAAUGAAAUUAAUACAGAAUUCCGUCUUACAUUGCCGCAACAAAUGCUAAUGGCUAAAAUUAAUGUCAAUCAAAAGUGUGCUAAACAUGGUCAACAAUAUCAGCAACAGGCGCAAUGGUUUGCUCACAAAGAGGAGUAUAGUGAUUAUGGUAAAAUGUCCUUAGAAGAUAAAAACAAUUACAGUAAUGAACUAUAUCGUCAAGCUCUGCUAAUGCCAACCCGCCCGGACUAUAAGACUAAAGAGAUCUGCACUGGUUUCAAACCGGAAAGGAAACAUUUUAAAUCUUAUGAUAAUUCUACUGUGGUAGGUUUACUCUGGCACUUUUUGGCUGAUACUGUACAACAUUCAAGUUUUAUGCGUUUGCCUUUUGUUUGGCUAAAGUUUAUGUAAACUUAAAGACAAACAGCGCAGGAAUACAGUGAAUAAUUUAGGCGAUUUCUAAAAGUCUUAUAAGCCGCAUUAUAUAUGAAAAGUUUAUUCUUUUAAAAUUUAACUUUUAUCUUUUUUCCUUAACAACUUUUUUCAUUUUAUAUUUAAACAAAAAUUAACGUUUGCUGAAACGUGAGAAAUAUGCAAAUAUAAUUUGCAUAUAAAUAAAACUAACUAACAAAAAAAUUAACAUAUUUAUAAUAUUAAACAAAAUAUAUUAUAUAUUUUUUGAGCAUACAUAA